AUGUCAAUUGAUAAAUCAUGGAUGCAAUUGAAAUUAUCAGAUCCAAAAUACUUCAAUGGAGUAGCAAGUUUCAUGGAAUUUGCUAUUAGUCAUGCUCUAGACUCAGAUGGAAAAGUAAGGUGUCCUUGUAGAGAUGAUAAAAACACAGAUAGAUUUGUUCCAACAACAGUACAACGACAUCUUCUGUACAGAGGUUUUAUGGAGGACUAUAUAGUAUGGGACAAACAUGGGGAGAAGGAAGAUAGUGAUAGCAGUGUAGCAGGUGAUAGCGAGAACUACAAUGACGGUGAUAUUUCUGCGGGUUUUGAUCAGUGUGAUGAUGUGCAAGACCUUAUAGAAGAGUGUAUCCAACAAGAUCCCAACAGAGAUGCACAAAAGUUCUAUAAACUGUUGGAUGAGUCGGAGGUGCCGUUAUAUCCCGGGUGCGAAAAAUAUUCCAACUUAUCCUUCACUAUUAACUUGAUGCACAUUAAGAGUACUGGAAACAUGAGUAACAAAGCAUUUGACCAGCUAUUGAAGUUGUUGAAAGAAGCAUUCCCAAUGUGUGACAAACUACCAACUUCAAACUAUAGAGCGAAGAAGAUUGUUGAAGAGCUCGGACUUCAUUAUGAGAGGAUUGACGCAUGCAAAAAUGAUUGUGUAAUAUAUUACGGGGAUCUUGUAGAUGCAAAAUCAUGUCCUACGUGCAAACUUUCAAGGUGGAAGACACCAAGCACCACCACAAAGAAAAAGGGGGAAAAGUCGAAAAAGAUUCCGUGGAAAGUUUUGCGUUAUUUUCCUAUCACAUCAAGGCUUCAACGACUAUUUAUGUCAUCUAAGACAGCUCCAGAUAUGAGGUGGCAUUUCGAGGAUCGUGUGAAAGAUGGUGUUUUACGGCAUCCAUCAGAUGCAGAGGCUUGGAAAUCAUUUGAUUAA